AUGAAAGCCUACUUGUACGACAACUUGCCGGGCGACCAGCGCCUCGCCCACGACUCUGGACGCUCCGUCGAUGUCGAAACCUUGAAGAAGCUUGGAGUCCUGUACUUUCAUUUAGAUACCAUUGAGAAAGUCAACGAUCUCGCUACCGAACGAGGCUAUAAGAAUCGCGAUGAGAUCAAAGUCUCGCCCGAGACCAUGGGUGAAGCAUACGAAACCAAGGUCAAGUCGUUCUUCUCUGAGCACUUGCAUGAGGACGAGGAGAUUCGAUAUAUCCGAGGGGGGCAGGGUUACUUUGAUGUCCGUAGCCACGACGAUGAAUGGGUGCGAGUCCAGUUGGAGAAGGACGAUUUACUCAUUCUCCCAGCCGGAAUUUAUCACCGAUUCACUACGGACGAGUCCAAUUAUGUACACGCUCUUAGACUGUUCAAAGACGAACCCAAGUGGACGCCCCUCAACCGAUCCGGCGAAUUAGAUGCGAACCCACAUCGCAAGGAUUAUGUGAACAGUUACCUGUCAUAG